AUGUCAACAGUAGCUGCAUUUGCUCUAGCCCUUGGCCUCAUUUUUGUCAACCUUACAGGGCAUUGCGAUGGCGCACUUCAGGUCGGGUUUUAUAGAGGAAAGUGUGGAUUGUUAGAUGUUGAGUCUAUUGUUAGAGCCGUUGUUACCGUAAAGUUUUUGAAAGACAGAACUAUUGCACCAGCUCUCAUUCGGAUGCAAUUUCAUGACUGCUUUGUCAAUGGAUGCGAUGCAUCGAUUCUCCUGGAUGGAAACUCCACUGAGAAAACUGCAGGUCCGAAUUUAAGUGUAAGGGGUUACGAAGUUAUUGAUGCAGUAAAGGAUGCUGUCGAGAAAUUUUGCCCUGGAGUCGUCUCUUGUGCUGAUAUCAUUGCCAUAGCAACCAGGGAUGUUGUUUACUUGAGUGGAGGAGGGAAAUACAGUGUGGAAACAGGAAGAAGAGAUGGUUUUGUAUCUCUUGCCAAAAACGUAAAACUCCCAGGUCCUACUAUUACAGUUUCUCAAUCCAUAGCAGUAUUUGCUGAGAAAGGACUCGAUGCAACAGACAUGGUUUACCUUCUUGGUGGUCAUACAAUUGGAGUAGCACAUUGCAAUCUCUUCCAGGCUCGUCUGUACAAUUACAAAAACACUGGAAAACCUGACCCUUCCAUGGAUUUAUCAUUACUUGAAACUCUGAAAAAGAUGUGUCCCCAGAAUUCAACUGGUUUUAACACCGUUAAUCUUGACCAGAAUCCAAAAAGUGCUUCCAUAGUUGACAACUCUUUCCACAAGCAAAUUAAAAUGCACAGAGGGGUUCUCCAAAUUGACCAGGAUCUAGCUUUGGAUUCUUUAACCAAAGCCACUGUGGACAAGGUAGCAAAUGGGUUUGAUUUUUCAACUAAAUUUGGUCGGGCCAUGGUUAAGAUGGGAGCAAUUCAAGUUCUUACUGGCAAGCAAGGGGAGAUCAGGAAGUCCUGUCGAGCCGUCAAUAGACGCUUCUAAUUGAAGGGAGAGAAAUUCUACACAAUUUAAACAUUUUUCUUUUCUUUUUUCUAUUGACAAUUGUUCUGAU